AUGUUGCCAAUAAGUCAGACAUCACCUGUAUCUUCACAUCGAUCUUUAAUUCCAAUUAAUAUUGAAACAUUAGCCGGAUCAUCAUUUGAAUUACUUGUUUCACCAUAUGAACAAAUACAAUAUAUAAAACGUAAAAUUGAACGACGAGAAGGUAUACCUGUUUCACAUCAACAUCUUAUUUGGAAAUCUAAUGAACUUGAAGAUGAAUCAUGUUUACAUGAUUAUAAAAUCGAAGCUGGUACAACACUUAAACUUGUUUUAGCUAUGCGUGGUGGUCCUGUUAAUACAAAACGUGUACCUAUUGAAGAUAAUUUUAUACGUGAAAUGUCGGAAUAUAUUGAAAAUAGUCGAGAUGAUUAUACAUUAACAAGUGAUUUAUUACCAUCAUCAUCAUCAUCAUCAAAUAAAAAUGUUACAUUUCUUGUUUUACGUGAUGGUGAUCAAUUUAAUUUUUUUCAAGUUAUUGAUAGAGGUGACGGUACACUCUCACCUUUAUCUGGUUCUAUGAGUAAUACAUCACUGUAUAACGCACAUGAAACACUAACUGUUGAACAAGAACGUGAAUAUGAUGAAAAACGACAAGCUGAUGAUCGUAAAACAAAACAAAAAAUGGAAUUAAUUCGAUCAAAGUUAAAAACGCAUACUAGAAAAGAUGCUUUUCCAGUUCGUCCUUCAUCAACAACAAAACAAACAAAAACAAAUCUAAUUCAUCAUCAUCGUCGUAAUAUACUUGUUGAUUCAAGUUCAAAUCUAAGUACACAUGGUAAUAAUUCAACUGGUACAUCAUCUUUAGAACAACAAAAACAAUCUUGUUCUGUACCUUAUCAAUUAUCAUCAACGAAUCUUUUUAAUACAUAUAAUAUAUUAGCAGCUGCUGCUAUUGGACAAUCAAUUUAUCUUCAUGAAGAAGAUAGUGAAGAUGAAGAAGAUAGUCAUGAUGAAGAUGAUAAUCAACAACAAAAAAUUUUAUCAUCAUCACCAAUGAUAUUAACUAAUCAAAAAAAACAACAAUUAUUAACAUCUAGAUCAUAUUCACCCUCAGGUUUUAAUCAAAAAAAACAUCAUCGAUAUGAACAAGAAUCAUCAAAAAAAACUCUUCAUGAUUCUUAUUAUCAAAGUCAUAAGACAAAAAAUCGAAUAAGAAAACAUGAUUCAACUGAUAAUACUAUGUUUUCAACGAAUUAUCCGUCGACAACAACAGUUGGGCCUGUUAGUCAAGAAACGGCCAUAGCAACAACAACAACAACUUCUGAGAAUGAUACAAAUACUGGUGCUAUUUUAGUUGAUAAUAUAAAUCCUGUAUUACCAACAUUAGAUCAACAAUCAAUACCAAUUGAUUCAACAUCUUCUCAUAUACUUUCGACUACAAUGAGUAAACAAUUUAAUAUGUCCGAUGAAUUAAAAUCGAAUAAUAUCGAUUCUAUAUUAGAUAAUCAAGAUGAAAAAAUAAUUUCAAAUAGUGAAAUAAUUUAUCAACAAUCUCAUACAUCACCAAUGCUUGAAUUACUUGAUGAUGAUAUUAUAUCACCAACCAAUGAUUUAACAAGUACAACAUCAAUACAUGAUGAUAAAACUGAACCAUAUAGAAAACGUACAGCUGAUAUUCAAAGUCGUAAUGAUACAUCAUUAAGUAAACCAAUAUGGACUGAUGAUGAUGAUCAAUUAAUUAUUGGUGAUGAAUAUACAGUUGGUGAACGUACAUCAACAAGUCAAUCAAUAUUAUUUCGUCAUAGAAAUAGUUCAACAAGUACAACAAUAGCUACACCAGUACCAACAUUUCCUAAUGUUGUAAAAAAAUCUACAUUACCAUCAACAACACAACAAUUUUAUCAUUAUCAUAAAACAUUAAAUAAUGAUACAAAACAAACAAAAUCAUCACCAAGACCACUUAUUCCAUUAACAUUAUCAAAAUAUAGACGUAUGCCAUCUAAUAUACAUGUAUCAACAGCAUCAUUACAUCAACAAACAUAUACAAGUACAUCGAAUACACCAUCGAAUGAUUUAAUUAAUAAUGGAAAUGGUAAUGAUAAUAAUAGUACAGAUUCUUAUAAUGAACAUUUAAUACAUAAUAAACGUAUUGAAGUAUUAAAAACACCAGCUGCAUCUACAUCAACGAAAAGACAUUUUCAACAACAAGAUAUUAAAUCUGUUGGUGCAACAGCUACUGUUCCACCUCCAUCAUCAUCAUCUCUCAUCCCAUUAGAUAAUACUAAAGUAACUAUUGAAACAAUUGGAUCUAAAACAGUAUCUGCUCUACUAAGGCAAAAUGCUACCAUUGAACCAGUAGAUACAUCACGUGGUGUUGGUAAACAUCUUGUUUCACUACUAACAACAGCAUCAAAAGAAACAACAUCUAUAAAAACUGGUUACAAAGCAUCAUCUCGUGAUACAGUAUUUGAAGAACGUUAUAAAUUAGAUCCAAAAUUAAAUAAUCUAUGGUCAAGUACAACAAGUAAUAAUCUUUCAACAGUGAGUAGUAGUCUUCAAUCAAGUAAAUUACCACCAGUUAUUGUUAAUCGUAAAUCAACAUCAAAAUGUUUUUUGUGUAAAAAGAAAACUGGAUUAGCUACAACAUAUCAAUGCAAAUGUGGAAGUUCAUUUUGUAGUGAACAUCGAUAUCCUGAAGCACAUGCAUGUGCAUUUGAUUAUAAAGCUGAAGGAAAACGUUUAAUUGAACGAAACAAUCCAUUGGUAACUGCACCCAAAUUACCGAAGAUCUAA